GCAAAAUCCAGCUCUGAUUCUAGCAGUUCAUGUAUGAUUCGACUCCAUGGUCAGUGCACCGGACGUGAUCACCUACGUGGGAGUCCCCCUGGCGGUCCUCGGGGUUCUUCCGAUAUUCUACACGUGUAUGCGCUCCAUUAUAGCGCUCCGGUCUAUCCAGCGUGUUCUCAAAGCCAAUGGCUUAGGCGAUACUGCCAUCGCUCGCGGGAGCUUGAUGUCCGGGAUUGUUGAAGUGGAGAUCCCCCGGCGCAGAAUCGCUCCACUCGAUCGAGAACUGGACCCUGCGUACUGGACGCUUAAUCCUCACCAAAUAUCUCUACCCGGAGGCACCUGGGCCAUCUUCUCUUGGAAUCAAAUCUUGACUGGCCGUACCAUGUAUAGAUGCCAGUACAAAGAAGAGCUACGGGUUCCACCGGCAGAGAUUAGUUUCGAGGAGCUUGUGGCGUUUCUUUUAGAUCGCGGUGCCGUUCCAGACGCCAAGGGGUGGAAAGUUCUCAAGUCCAUCGGCCUAUGGACCCCUACAGGCACGACGCUCCUACGGGCACCGGUGGACGGAUCUCCUGUCCUCAGACUUGCUCCCCCCUACGAUGGAGAUGGAAUCCUAAGACUUGCGGUUUUCUGGAAAAGUGCAUGGGACCGGCGUAACAUGAACAAUCUGCCCCCGUUCUGGAUGCGACUAGUACGACCAAUAUGGGAGGAAGAUGUCGAUACGCAGCAUAUCCUCCCGAUAUAUAAGGGCGAUGUGACUCCGGAAAAGUCACCGGGGCUCAGCAGGAAGUCAACUGGGCUUGGCUCUGAAGCGCAUUCUGGAAACGGGCAUCCACCCCCAACGUUGCUGGCGCAAAUACAGGAAAGGCACAAGUCUGGUAGCAACCGGUCCCUGAGUGAUGGCAUCCGAUUCCACGCGGUCGAAGGCUACGUCCACAGCGUGUACUUUGAACAUGCAGGGAUUCCGACCGGGGAAACUGAGGUUCUUUGGAAUGUGGGCAGGCCCGAUGUGCAAUGGUUUGGCAUGGUAGCAUCUGCGUUGAGUCAGAAAAGCGACUCGGGCCUUUGGAACGUAUCUAUACCUACCGAUAUCAUGGGGUUUGCGAAGGGUUCGAUUCCGGGGGGAAUUAUGGUGGUCUUGGGUCUUUUGAGCGAGGAUGAGAUUCCCCCGUUCACCGAACCGCCUCCGAAUUUUGAGGUUGAUCCACUCGAACGGCAUCAAAGGUUUCUCGACGGCCAGAAGCAGCGUGCGUUGGAGAGUCGUAUGCCCCCGGCCCAGGCUGAAGAGGCUAGACGGCAACGUUUAGUGGCCGAGACUCAAUCCUUUCAUAAUGAGAGUCUGCGGCUGAUGAAAGCACGCAAGGAGUAUGAGGACCGACGGAUUAUCGCUGCUCUGAAUUCACAACCCCUGGUAAAUGCAGUUGUCGCAGAGAAAAACAGACUCUACCUCAUCAAAACGAAUCAUAUUCCUGACAACUACACUUUAGACGAUUUGGUGAAGGCUGUUCUGUACCUGAUGGUGGUUGACCAAGAAGCGGCCCAAUGUAUCACUUCAGUGCUUGAUCGAUGGCAUGAGUGGACCCAACGAAGUGGAGUUAACCAACAGGACCUCGACUUUUUGAAAGAGAAUAAAAUCUGGUUUUGCUAUGCAUCUGCCAUGAUUGCCAUUGUUGUGCAGGCAGAUCGCUCUGAAUCUCAAGCCGCCGUUGAUAUGAUGGAAUGCCUCAAAAUUUGGCAAACUGUUCACUUGGGCUAAACAGUGUACUGUGAUAAAAUGAUUGCUACUCCAUCUUAUACGCAAAUGCCAAUCCCUUGAUAUAUUUCUUAAAGGAUCCGCGCUGCAUUGAUGUGUGUGAGGACAUAUAGAGGGUAGCUGCAUGAGGAUUAAGGCCCGCGAUGACUGAAAGAUGUUUUAUAACAGCUAUGAUUUUGAGAUAGCGAUUCUCAUAGUCUCAGAAUCUAGUAAUCAGAGUACCUCAUCUCUUC